AUGGCGGCAGCAGGUGACGAUGAGCCGAUGCGCGAUGCAGCACCACCUGCAACUGCACAACUGCCCACCCCAGCUCCUCCACCGACAGCGAAACCCAAGCGUCGAUUCGCCCCUCAACUCGUCGAAGAGACGACCAAGUCUUCCUCCACUUCCUCCUCCUCCGUGUCUUCCAAUAGCAAUAAAAGGGGACAGCUUGCCACCAGCAGCGGCACCAGUAGCACUUCGACUGCGGACUCGACGCGCAAGACAACGAGGGAUGCGUCGGUGCAGGUGCCUGACGUCGAAAUGUCUGAUGCACCUCCGCCCCCGAAGCCGAAGCCGGUGCGACGCUUUGCCCCUGUCCCGAUCGAGACCACCUUCGACUCCUACCGCGUCAGCAGCAACAAUAACCAGAACUCGAAGAAUCCUCACGGUCCGACCGCCGAGCUGACGCCCGACCCCUCGCCAACAACCCCGCAUCCCUCUCAGCCUGUACUCCCACCUCCAUCAUCCACACAACAACAGCAGCAGGAGAAGACAGCUGCGACGCCAGAGAAGAAGGCCAAGCCAAGGAGAAGGUUUGCGCCCCAAUUGAUCGAGACUACGACGAGGACGAAAAAGGCAGGACAGGAGGGCCCAGCCACAAAGCCGACUGACAAGACUGACAUCACACCGGGUACCAACCACAUCUACGCCCCCAAGCCGAAGCGGAAACCCGCAGCAACACCUCGAUCCCCUCGAUCCAACAAUGCCAUCGAUAAGGGGGGCGACGACCAAAAGGAGAAGGAGAAUUCGGGUUCACCGCGCUUCCUGACACCCCGUCGCCAGCAGUCCAUGAAGCCGCACCUCAACACCCGGCGACCCACCCGGGAAAAGUCCUACCACCCUGAACUCGACACUAUAUUGUCGUCCGAAUCGGGUAACUCCUCGGAAGAGAACGAUGAUGGCCCGGCACCCGCCCUUAAUAUAGGUGCUCCGGCUCUGCCCGAACCUACCACCAAGGACGAAGAGGGCGACUCGUGGAACAGCCGGAAUUAUGAUCUGCGUAACAGGCGGGAGUCGUGCGACGAGGAGUUCUCGGGGUACCUGCUGGCAGUGGCGGCCCGGGAAGCCCAUCGGCAACGCGAGCUCGAACAGGCCAUGUCAGCGUUCCCCAAUGGCGUACGGCCGGAAAACGUCGAGCAUUUUCUCGACAGAGACAACUCGGGGGACGAUAGCGUGGCGGAUGACGAAGCCUUGCGACACGGCCCCUCACAAUUAGUACGGCGCAAGUCGACGGACCCGGGAUGGGCCGUCAAGGAGAUGCGAGCACACGCCGAGAAGUUGGCCAAGCAGUCAGAGAGGCAGCCGAGCGUCGACGACCAAGGGGACCAGGAGCCGGAGAUAGCACCCCCACCUCCAGACCCCCUGUGGACGACGACCAGGCGUCGUGCAUCGCGUGACAGCGACAUGAGCAGUGCCGGCAGUCCAUUCCUAUCCGCGCAUUCACCGGCUCUGCUGUCCCGGCUGUCGGCCGUGCAGGAGAAGAGUACCCCCUCGCCAUCGACCGGGAUGCGCGCAGAUCCGUUCAGCAUGCCCUUCGCCUCCUACCGCCCCACCGAAUCCGAGGACGCCCAGCUACGUAAGAUGCGCUUGGCGGCGUCGCCCCCCAUGCUGGGCGACGACCUCAAGUUCCGGAUGUGUCCCAGCCCGCAGCACACGCGUGUCGACCCGAACCAUCCGUACUCGGAGACGGACAAGGCCGAGGAGAAGCAGCGUGAUUUGUCUGGCAACUCGGGCCUAUGGCAGGGCUACUGCUCAAACAAGGCCAAAGACAAUGCGACGCCCGGGCUGCACCCACUAUCCCUAUUGCAAACCCCAGGCGAGACCGUGCCCGGCACGGACCCUUUCUCAGACGCCUUCUCAGUCGCGUCACUGGGUCCGACUGGCACGCACACUCCCUCGUCGGCCCAACAGCACCAAAACAAGGGCGGCUUGCACAUGCUCUCGGGGCUGGACGAGCGGCUGAAACGGGAGAAGGUGCGCAAGGAGCGGCAGGAGGCGCUCCUGGCCGAGUUCGACGACGCCUUCGUCACGCAGGUUUAUAAUUAUAUCAGCCUGGGGUACCCGGCCAUGGCGCGCGACUUUGAUGAGGAGCUCAGCAAGAUCAGCGGCAUCGCCGUCGAGGAGCUGCGCAGGGACGACGACCGGACCAUAGGCAAAGGCUUCAUGCUGCAGAUGGAGAUGCCGGUCAAUAAUACGGGUGAGGACGACAGCACGGGUACGGGUAAUGGUACGCCGGCUAGUGGCUACCAUAGCGGCGGCGACGACGACGACGUGCUGAUGGAGCCGAGCGAGGGCGAGAGGGUGGAGCGGAAGCGUCGGGCUGGGGGGAAACAGAAACCGCCCCGCUGGAGGGCCCUGAGGCUGUAUAUUCGCGAGUGGGCACGGCAGCACCCGAGCCUGAACGGCGCGGACGGGGCUAGUCUUCUUGCUUGGGGCGUCCGGGCUCGGAGGGGUAGUUGGGCUAUAUAA